AUUUCCCAUCAAUCUGGCUGGCAAUCAACCAACUCGAGAUGGCAGAGGCUAUACUUUUAAAAAUACGUUUGCCAAGCGAUAUAGUGUGUGAUAGGCAAGUGCAGUUCAUGUGCAGUUCCACUGACGAAUGCCGGAAAACCGGAGCGCCGGAGAGCUGCUCCGUACAAAUACACUUUUCGGCCAGAGAACACACGGAAUAAACGCUCGCGGCGUGUGACCAGUGACAAAAAACAACACGGUCCAAAAGUGAAACCUACCGAAAAGCUUUCCGAGAUGGCAUACUGUGCGCAGGUUUAGUCGGCAUUAGUCGCGCGCGGUACGGCACGGCAAACGAUCCACGAUCGACGACAAAAUCGACACUAAAAACUAAAAACACAAAUAACAAAACCACAGCGACGACGCAUGGACGGAUCUGCGGAUUCCGUGCGCGAUUUUCAUUCACUUUUCACUAGCCAACUUCUCGCUCAGUUCUCGAAUGCUAAUGCUACGUACAUAUAGCACAUAUAGAUAUUACUAACCCGAACAGUAAUAAACGAGCCGACCGGCCAGCGGUUUCCCAACUGCCCAGCGGUUCGGCAGUCCAGCGGCGGCAGUUAGAAGGAGAACUCAUCAUUAUCCGUACCAAUCGUUAGACCCAACUUCACUGUCACGUAAUGCCCAUUCAAUUGAGUUUCAUAGUUAAGUUUUUGGAAUACAAUCGGACUGAGGAAAAGCGUUGUCGCCGUUUCUCGUGAUUUUAUUUGCAACCAAAAAGUAAAUCUCAACCAGCGGCAGCCACAAAAUGGAGUCGAAACGCUCGAAAAAAGGACGCAAAUCUCGGCCAGCUCAGGAUGAGAAUCCUCACCAGCAGCAGCAGCAGCAUCAGCAGCAGCAUCAUCAUCCCUGGGACGAAGGCCUUCCAGCAUCGAGUCCCCAUUCAAAUAGAGCAAUUCCCAGCACGGGCACAGCACUGACCCGAUUUCUGACCUGUAUGGCACCAGUGAUUGUGUCGCUACCUGGCGCUGGAACUGGCCCCACUGAGCAGCCGACCAUACUCCUGAUCAACGGCAUUGCCAGCGAUUCGCAGCUAGAGGAGAAGCAGGUGAAGGCGGCCGCCUUGAAGCUAGCCCUCGACAACAACAACAUCGAGGCACCCUUGCCGCACAUAGUGCCCACAACGCCCGGCGGCUCCCAUCUCCUGGACUUCGAGUCGCAUCUCAUCGAGAGCAUUGCGGACGAGGCCAGUGGCGUGGGCAUUCGGGAACUCACACCCUUCGAGCAGGAACUGCAGCAGGGCACCUCCAAAGUGGGCACCGAUGACGCGGAGCCAGUGAUCGAGGUGGAACCAGCCGGUGCCAAGACCAAACAGCCCGUGGAAACCUCACCGCCCACCCGCCAAAUCGCCGAGGUCGACGAGACGGCCACUCCGUCGGAGGAAGUGCGUCGCACCGCCGAGCAGUUGGUGGAUGAGAUCGAACAGGAGCUGAUCCAGGCCCUCAGCCGGGAUGUAGACGAGGCACAGCGGGUGCACCAGGAUAAGAUCCAGCGAGACCGCGACCAGAUCACCGCUCUCUCCCAGCAGGUUGAGGUGCAGCUGAACGAGCUGACCGGCAUCUUGAAGAACAAGCCCCAGGCGGAGAUUGUCUUGGAACUGCCGCCGGAGGAGGAGCAAAAGCCGCCCAAGCCACUAGUGGCCGCUCCCAACGAACUAAAGCUCGUGGAGGUGCCCACGCCGAAGACCGAGGCCGAGGAGCAGGAACGCAAGGAGUUCAUCGACUCGCUGCCGCAAAUCGAACAGAAUCGUCAAACCGGAAGCGGAUCCGAGGAGACGGAUGCCCAGAAACUCUCGGCGGACUGCAAGCGGGAGUACUACCAGUCCCUGAAGAAGUACCUCCUGCACAGCAGCCAGGAGAAGCCGCCAGUGCCACUACAAACAUAUCGCUGGGAGGAUCUGAAAAGAGCCAAGGAACGGGGCGGCUAUCCCUGGACACAUCUGUACAAACGCCCACUGGGACCCGACGAGCAGCCGGAGAUUGUGCUGCUCCUACGGAAGUCCCAGGAACUGCGCUUCAAGUCCGAAUCCCCCAAGUCGCUGAAGAAGGUGCGCUACGACGAGCAGGUGCUGGUAAAGGAGACCGAGCGCUACAUCCAGGACCUGUCCGAGGACGAGGCGGUAGCCACCACCACCGACGACAGCAGCGAGGAGUCCUCCGACUCGGAAACCGAGUCCGAACGGGAACAGCACAACGAGGACGCUCUAAGCGAGUGCAUCUCCUGCGUUUCCGACUCCGUGCUGGCGGUUGGAGGUCACGCACGGCCACGUAAGACGAAUCGCCUGGCCCACAUCCGAGACCUCAUCCGGCGCAGGCGCAGCGGUCGCACCCACGAGGACGCCCAGUCACUGCCCGGCAACUCCGCCAAUCCCAGUCGGCAGAGCAGCGUACACGAACUUGCCCCGCCACCGGGAUCCCUCAUCCCCGGCACCGAAAAGCCUUCGAAGACCAGCAAGCCCAAGCAGGGAUUCGACAUCAUGAAGAAGCUGAAGAGCCUGGCCGAGCGCCAGAAGAAGCGGCUGAACAUCAAGAGGAUCACCCUGAAAAAGGAGGAUAAGAUCGUCCUGGGGGAGCAGCAAAAGAUCAUGAAGCUGAAGGCCUCGCCCAAGUCAGAUCGCAGCGAGAUUCCGCAUUUCAUCGAGAAACAGGAUUCCGACGACAUCCUGGAGCUGGUGGAAUACGAUGAGUCACCCUGCCGCAAGCGCACCAAGGAGGAGCUGCUGGAGGAUCAGCCGAGUGGCAGUGGAAGCGGAAGAGUGCCGGAGCCCGAGGAGAUCAUCGAGCUGCCGGUGGUCAGGACUGAGACAGAGGCUCCCACUCUGGAAGUCACCCAGCCCGCAGAGGAAAAGCUGGAAAACAAAGAGGAAAAAGACGAAGAAGCUGAGGAGAACCCGCCCAAGAAAACACCUCGCAUUCGGCGGGAGCAUGUCUACGAAGAGAUUGGCCAGGCAGGAGCAGUUCACGAGCAGGUGGAACAGCCCAUUCUGGAGCUGGAAUCCCUUAAGAAGUCCUUGACGCGUCAGGACAAUAUGGCCAUCGACGAGAUCGAGGCGGCCAAGGCAGUGCCGCUGGAUCGCAUGGGCAGCAGCGAGGAGGAGCAGGUGACCGCCGGAAAGCCCGGCGCCCUGUUCGCUCCUAUUUCGUCCAUUGACUCCACCUCCUCGGACGAGGAGCGAGCCCGCCUGGCGCAACUUUCGCCCGUGGCCGAGGAGGGUGAUGAACCCAUGGAGCUCAGUGGCGAUCUGCGUCCCUCCCUGAAGAAGGAGGCCUCACCAGCGCCGUCGGACAAGAAGGUGACCUUCUCGCACGUGGAGGACGAAGCGGAACCGCAUCGCGAGGAUGUGGAGCUGCCCGAGGACGUCCUGGAGGCGGCUACCAAUGCGACCAAGUGGAAGAACGAGAGUGAUCAUGAAUACGAGCCCGUGGGCGUGACGCUGGCGCACGAAUCCUCGCCAGCACUUGGCCAGGCCGAACUGCAUGUGCCCAUGGACAUCGAUUUGCCGCUCAGUUCGGCUGGAACAACGCCACGCACCGAAUCGCGCACCGACUACGAAAUCCACACCAGCCAGGUGGACUCCAGUGCCCUAGAGGAGCUGCCCCUGCAGCCGGAGAACCGUCGCAAGGGCUUCAUGGCCUCGGCCCAGGAUCGCACCAAGAAGAUGCAGGAUGGCCUUCGUCAGCAGGCCGGCAAGCUGCGCACCCGGCUCCAGACCAAGCCAAAGCCCAAGCCCGUUUCCGGCAGUCCCAAGGCCAAGGCCAAGGAACGACGUCGCUUCAAGGCGCCCGAGUUCUCCAAGAUCAAGAUGCCCGAGAUCAAGCGACCGGACAUGUCCAAGCUGAAGGAACUGAAGCGACCCGAGUUCACCAAGUUCAGCAAACCGGACAUGUCGAAGUUCAAGUUGCCGGAUAAGUUAUCCACUUUGAAACUGCGACGCAGCAAGAGUUUCAAGGAGAACGAAGGGGAGCUGGGAUCGGAGGAGACGCCGGAGAGCACCGGAGCCACUGCAUCGCCCACCCAAUCGCAGCCGACGCCCAAGAAGAAGUUCGAGUUCAACUUUGGCACCUAUCCGCGAGCCUUCCGCAAGAAGAAGCCAGCAGAGGAGCCGGCUCCAGUGGCCAUGGAGUCCUCGUUGGGCACAGAAGGUUUGAGUGUGAUUCCCAGCACGGAGACGCAACCAUCGCAGACAUCGACCAGUUCCCCCCAAGGUGAUCGUGGACCAGGACCCGUGCGCUCCCGCUGGGCGGACAAGUUCUCCGAUGUGAGCUACAACGACAGUGAGGGAUCGCGAUACCGGCGCUAUGGCAGCGAGCUGGAGAGCUUCGACCGGGAGUCCUCGCUGGAGCGCCGCAUGAAGGAGGACCUCGAGGGCACCGAGGACACGGCCAGCGAGGCGCAGCCCCAGAAGGAGAUGGGCAUCCUGGGCGUGGUGGCCGACAGCAAGCAGUUUGCGGAGUUCGAUGAGGAAAACCGUGCCAUCCACGAGAUCUCGAGCAAGCGGUCGCGGGAGUUCAAGCGCCGGCCCAUGGUUCACCAGGACUCGGAUCUGCGCUCUGAGGACAGCAGGGAUGCCGAGGGCUGGACGGAGAAGGACAUCCAGAAGAACAAGCUGCUGAGGAAGGCCGAACUGGAGGCGGAGGCUGGCUUCUACAAGUUCCACGACCUACAGGACGCCCAAUCCACGGCCAGCUCGGGCAAGAAGGUGGUCAUGGAGCCCAUCGACGAUGACGAGUUCUUCCUGCGCAAGCGCGGCAUUUCCGAGGACAACAUCCAGCUGCGUCAGUACAUCAGCGAGGCCAUUCGCGAGGGCUACGACAUGCCCAAUGCCCUGAAGCACGUCGGCUACUCCGCGGAGAAGGUGUCCACGGAGUACGGCGACUAUGAUGUGCCGCCGGCCAAGCCACGGCGCCUGCACCGCAACUACCAGCCGGACUUCGACUCGCAGGAGUUCCAGCGCAGCGACUACGGCGACGAUCUGUCCAUGUCGCAGAACGGCAGUGAGUUCACCCCUAAGCGACCACUGCGCAAGGCGCGCAGUCGCAGCAAGUACUCCAUCGAGGGCAGCCAGGACAUCCCUCAGGAUGGCGGCAGCAGCAUUCAGUACUUUGACGACGACGAGGAGUACCUUCGACCCCCGGCGAGGGAUCAGCCGGCCACGGAGUCCGAGCAGGCACUCAACAACCUAGAUUUCGGCGGCAAGGCAGCGGCGAUGAUGCAGGAGGAGCUGGAGCUGCAGCUGGAGCAGCAGCAGGAGCAGGAGCGACAGAAGCCCCGUCCGCAGGCACCGAGGCGUCAGAAGAAACGCACAAGGGACGACGCAUCCGUCGACAAGGAUGCGGACUCCUUCAUCAACGGCUUCGGUGGUAGAUCAGUAUCGAACACCUUUUUGCAGCCACACGAAGAUGUAAUUGUUUAUCGCACUGAGCACGAAUAUCGUCACAUACCGCUAGCCACGCCGGAUAGAUUUACGGACGGAGCCUCGGCCCGCACACAGCGCUCCGAGGAUGACCGCACGUCGCGCGGUGCCGACUCCCUGAUCCUGGACGGGCACAUUAAGGCCAGGCCGGAGGCCGAGGACAACGAGGAUGUGGGGCCGCGGACGAGGAGCGAUGAGAAGUUCGUGAUCGACAUGCUGGAGAGCGAUGGCUACGCGGUGGUCCGCAAGGAGCCGCUCCCGAAGCCCACGCCACCUGCCCGCCGGAAGAAGUUCACCCGGUCGCCGGGCGAGCGGUUCGCCACGCUGCCCAGCAUCCGCGGCUCGCGGGGAUCGCCGCCACCGGCUCGACCACCGCCGCCGCAGCAGUACGUGCCCACGGAGGACUCGCCGCUGGUGCCGCGCCGCAGAUCCGCGGCCAGCCUAGACGAGAUCCCCCUGAUGAUCAAGUCGAACUACGAGUCACAGAAGCAGCAGCUGCAGCAAGAGCAGCCGAAGGAGGAUGACUACGAGGAGCCAGGUGCACUGGAACGCUCCAACCUGCAGUCGGGUGCGGUCAUUAACAAGAUGAAGUUCCGCCCACUGCCGCCGCCACCGCGUCCUCCGCGCGAGAAGCGCUCCACGCGAGCAGGAAGCCAGACGCUGGACAGCUACGAGGACAGCGAACAGGUGGCCAGCUCCAGCCAGGCGGAUAGCUACGACCAGGGUGAGUUCGAGGUGGAGGUGUCCACGCAGACGGAUCCGCUGCCCGACGACUUUGUGUGCGAGGAGUUCGAGAUAACGGAGGACAUGAAGAUCAUCGAGCCGCGACGCUCCAAUGGAUCGGGCAACAAGACCCUGGAGGAUCUGCUGCGCAGCGUGGAGGCAGCCCAGGAGCAGGACGUCGUGGACGGGGCCCGCGUCCUCACGGAGGACGAGCAGCUGGCCAAGGGGCUGCAGAGGUUCCGCGACGCCAACCAGCGCAGCAUGUCGGAGCGAUCGAGGGCAUCCUCCCAAGCGGAUCGCUCCAAGUCGCUGAGUCGUCCGCAGACGCCCUCGUCGGCGGUGAUUAUCGAGCGGCGGGUGCCCACGCCGAGUCUGACGGCUGGCGAGGAUGAUGCCGCGGUGCAGGCCUCGCUGAUUGUGCGACCCAUCAGUGCCGCCGAUCUGAUUGACGACGAUCUGCGGCGCGAGGAGGAGGAGCUGCGUCGCGAGGGCCUGCUCUCGGACAGCUCGGUGCAGAGCAAGUCCGACGUGGAGGAUGAGCACGGCGAGGUGGCGUUGAGCGACUAUGCCGCCAGUUCGGCGGACCUGGAUGCGGCGGUGGAGCGACUGCAGCAGGCGCAGCUUGAGAGUGACUACGAGAGCCGGCUGGAGGAUGACGAAGUGGAGCGCACGCUCCGGGACAGCGAGUACGAAGAGGAGAAGAACUCGGAGCAGGAGGAAGAGCAGGAGAUAGCCCGACUGGAAAACGAGCUGACAGAGCAGGAACUGGAGGAGGCUCUGGAGAAGGAGCUGCAGGAGGCCAUGGAGAAGGAGCUGUCCGAUUACCUCCAGAAGGAGCGGGAUCACGAGGAACAGGAGCAGGCUUUCUCCGAAGAGGAGUUGGCUGCCUCCGAUAUCGAUUACCACCAGUCUGAAGAGGAACAGGCCACCUCCGAGGUGGAGUACCACCCAUCCGAGGAUGAGCAUCCCUUGUCAGAGAGAGAGCAUCCGCUUUCCGAGGAGGAGCACACACUCUCCGACACGGAACAGCCCCAAUCAGAGCCAGAAGUCCUGGCCGUGGAGGAGCCCAUCCAGAAAACCACCGUUAGCGAACCCACCGAGGCCGAAGUUGAGCUCAAGUUCGUGGCCACGUUACCCACCGAAGAACCCGCCUAUGCAGACAAGAAGGAUGAGCUGGAGGAGGCACCUCUGCCACCACCACGUCGCAAGUCCACCACCGCCCUGGAACCCAUGGCCACAGCCAUCCUGACCAUUGCCGAGCACUCCAGCCGCGAACUUACGCCCAUCCAGACGGUGCAAUCCCCGCCAGAACCACAGUUCCCCAAUCGCCUGGCCGAAUUGGAGGUGGAACGAUUGCGGGUCCAUGCCCUGCAAGCUGGCCAGAUCCAGGUGUCGCAGCUCCAUGGCGGUGAGAUCAAAGCCGACGAUCUGGAGUGCAAGUCCGGACAACUGGUGGUGCAGAACAUCGAACUGCCGCCCGGGUUCAUCGAGGACAUUGUGGAGCGGGUGCGGGAGCAGCGUCCUUCGCUGCUCACCAGCGAAACACAGACCAGCCGGCAGGCUAGCAGCGAACCCGCCUCCUCCGAGAAGGAGCAACCGGUGAAGCCACCACGUCACAGCAAGACCACCGAGCAAUCGCCCGCGAUCGCCGCCAAUCUAGACGAGCAGACCCAGACAGAGGCGGGCCUGCUGCCUCUGCCUCCGCCGCCGGCAGCUUAUCCCAGUGUGGAGUACCUCCAGUCACUGGCUCCACUGGCCUUCUUCAAUCUACAGCGCAGCGCGGAGGCCGAGCAGGCGGAGGCCUCUUCGGAGCGAGCCGAGCGCAAGGCACCGCACAAAUGUCGACGUCGUCAUGUCCAGGAGCACAUCGAGCCGGAGUCUGGCUCCGAGGCGGAAGAGCAGCUGGUGGAGCGACCACGCUCGCGAUCGCGACGCUCGCGCACCCGCAGUGCCACCCAGCCACUGGAGGAGGAUUACGACCUGGAGGACCAGCCCAAGACGGUGGUCCAGGCGGGACGGCAGUUCAUCUCCGCGUGCAGUCUGGAGCUGGUGAACAUCAUCAACCAGCUGACGCACUACGUCCGCGGCGAGGCGGUGGAGCCACAGCAGGCGCCACGCAACGUGUCCGCCCUGAUGGUGCUCUUCAUCCUGAUCACGUUCGGAGUGCUGGUCUUCCUGCUCACCGGGCGACAGGUGCACACACACCACUGGGACUACUUUAAUCCGCCCGGGAACGAGCACGGACGGCAGACGUGAGGGACUGCGGGGAGUCCACAUGCUGGUUUGGCUAUCCCUUGGGGCGGUCUUGCAUUUUGGAGCAUCGAAUCUGGCCAAGAAACAUGGCCACGGGGUGGAGAAACGAAUUUAAACGCGGCCAGGUGUCCGCUCGAAACUUGAAGGCCUUAAUGAUACUAACGAGAAAUUACUUUAGGAAAGGUGCGCCGGAUGGGGGCGGAAGUGGGCGAGGCGCGUGCCCGUGCUACUAGUCACACAAAACAAUCGAAACCAGAAUCCCAGUUCAAUCAUCCAUCAUGCAACAUGCAUCGUCAUACACAUACCGACAUCUAACUUCUACUAACCAGAAAUAUAAAGGGGAACACAUUUUGCAACAUUGUCUACCAAUCGAGAGAUCUAUAUGAAAACAACGACCAUGUAUUAACUAUGUACUUAACACAUGCUAUGUAUGUACAUAGACGUUUUCAGUUUUCAGUUAUCCGUUUCAUGCGAAGAAGGAGCGAGGACCAUUAAUCCGAUAAACACUACAUUUGUUUGCUCAUUUUUUCUACCACUUAAGGCAAAGCGAGAGAAUCAAUUGUUGAACAAAUUGUUGUUUAAUUUAGACCAAAAAGUAGCAAUUAAUAUACAAAACAUACACUCUUUUUCAUUGAAUUCAUUUGAACGUUAUUAUUUGAAAUGCGAGUACUUAGCCAGAAAGUGAACUUAUAUCUUAAAUAUAUAGAAGCGUAUUUUCAAUAAAGCAAAAUGAUAUAAAACAAA